GUCGUGGCCUUCAGCAGCAGCGGCAUGGCGUCGGACCGUGGAGAGGUCGACACCUCCCGUGCCUUCCGGUCCGUCAAGGAGGCGGUCGCUGUGUUCGGAGAGCGCAUCCUUGUCAGGGAAGCCCAGUUGAGGGCAAACGGUGGUGCGCAUGGCGGCUGUCGUGUUGGCAAGGAGUUCAACUCCAGGGUGAAUGCUGUCGCCAUUGCCGCCUCUGACGUGAAGCUGCCUAACCGGAGCGACGGCGUCAUGGAAAGCCACAGCAACUCCAAGCCAAGUGUUGUCAAUGUCACCUGCAAUGCCAAGGAAGAGCACAGUAGUUGCAGCAGCAAGCCUGCUGCUCCAAGCCUACCGCCGGUGCCCGUGCCAAGGCCGCCGGUUGCAGAAGACGUGCCGAUGUACCUGGUCCCCUCCUCGCCGCCGUUCUUCGCGUCGUCGCCUUCGCUGGCCAACGACGACGGCGACGACGACGAGCAAGAGCGCAAGGCAGCCGACCUCGUCGUGAUUAGCGCCAUCAGGAGGCUGGAGGACGAGGCGGCCAGGACGAGGCAGGAGGUGGCGCGGCUCAAGAGGAGGCUGGCCGAGAUGGAGCUGUCCAUGGCGACCCUGAACGCGAAGCUCCACCGCGCGCUCUCCAAGGUGGCGCACAUGGAGGCGGACAACGCGGCGGCGGCGCGCGCCAGCAUCGGCCGCGACAUGGCGCUGGCGGUCUCGGCCGAGCGCCCGCGCCGCGCCCCCACCAGCAGGCCGCAGCUGGGCCACCUGCUGAGGCUGGGCGUGGGCGAGCAGGCCGACAGGGAGGCGCAGGCGCUUGUGUCCGGCUCCGGCUCCGGCGGCGGCUGGGCGGUGGCGCCAGCGAGGAGGAAGGCGCAGAAGCAGAAGCCCAUCGUGCCGCUGGUUGUUCCGCUCGUUAAUGGCGUGCUCUUCUCCAAGAAGAGGAGGACGAAGGACAAGGAGAGCGUGUACAUGAAGGAGCUUUACAGCUUGCUUAGGCUGAGUUGAUCAAAUUUAAGGCUGCCAUGCUAAAUCUGUGGAUGUACUUGUGCACAAUCGUUCAUAAUCAUGUGCACGGACGUUAUCUACCUACACACUAAUUUUUACUAUUUGUUUCUA